AUGGGACGACAAAGAAGCAGCGUGCCGGCCAGCGGGUCUUCGGAGGGCGGAGCUAUAACUGCGCGGAACGGACACGGAUUCGAGCAGAAGACCCAACGCCGUCUCCGUGUUGCCACAUACAACAUUGGUGGAGUCACUGCUGAACUGUACGACACUCUGUGCCACUGGCUCAAAACUCAGAAAACCGCGGAUCUCAUCUUUCUGCAGGAGGUUCACUGGGGCCUGGGUAAGCAGGAGGGCACGUGGUCAAUCCCUGGCUGGUCGUUUGUUGUCUCCCCGGACGAGGCACAUCGAUACAGCGGGGUGGCUGUCCUCGUCUCCCACACAGCUGCCUUGCCUGAACAAGAAUGGGCAGAUGAAUUCGUGACGCUGUAUGCUGAUGAUUUCUUGCUGCAGUGGCUGCUGACCACCACGAGUGAUCUUGACUUCCUAGGACGCUGCGUGAGGGCAAUUUUCUCUCUGCUGGUGGAUGCGGGAAUGACGGUGAAUGCAGCUAAAUCCAAGUUGUUGUUCAAGGCCCAAGGAUCCCAGGCUAAGAAGUGGCUUAAGAUGCACCUUGUCAAACGUCCCGAUGGCCCUGCUAUAGACCUUGGUACCCCAGCUGCCCGACUCAUCAUUCCCAAAGUCCAUCGCUUCACGUACCUAGGAGUUGAAGCCUGGUUUGGCAAUUUUGAGAUGCAGACCUGCCACAGCCGCCUCCGAGCUAGCGCCAAAGUCAGGCACCGCAUUCUCAAAGUGUUGCAUAGCUCCAACCUCCGUCUGCGGCACCGCACUAUGCUCUACCAAGCCUGUGUACGUAGCUCCAUGUUGUUCGGGCAACAUGCUGUUGGUGUCACGCAUGCUGUGCUACGUAAGCUUGAGUCCUCUGAUGCCAGAAAUCUCAGGGCGCUAGCAAAGAGUCCAGCACAUCUGUGGCACGAGCCCACAGCUGAUCUCCGUGCCAGACUGCAUCUGCGCUCAGUCACCGAAGUGCUGGAUAGGUUACUUUUAGGCCGCUGCCGUAAGUGCACAUAUGCUGCUAGCAUAACCUGGUUUACCAAACAACAGACCGUGCUUCGGACUGACCAAUGCCUGACACAGCCGCAGGCCCUGCAAGUGAUCGACCCGUCCAAACAGGUGGCAUGUGAAAUUUGUGGACAGUAUUUCGCUACCAAGAAGCAGGUCAAACAGCACUGUACCCGCAAACAUGGUGUUGUUACUGUUGCCUCACAGGCCGUUCAUGCACAUUGGCGCAGCCACAUGAUAGACGGAAUGCCACAAUGUAAGCACUGUCGACGUAGCUUCACACGCAUGGAAGGUUUUCGCAAGCACAUUAAAAGUGGCUGUCCGGCAAUGAGCGGACGGGAUUCUGUGCAAAACACACUCUGCGCUGGUGAGGUGCCAGAGGGGGGAGCGGGGCCGCUUGGGCAUUCGUGCCGGGCCUCGCCUACACACGAUGUAGUGGAAUCAGAUGUGCCGCUAAUUCAAGAUGCUGCUUUUAAACACCAGCUCAGUAGAGGCUGGAAACAGGUCCUGCGCACGCCGCGAUUCUGCAAGAGCCUGCGUACACAUUGCGUCAUUUGCCACCAGUGGGUAUCCAUGACAGGUCCGGGUUGCAAGCAGCACAUCAGACUUUCCCACGCCAAUGCAUGGGCUCAUAAGGCUGCAGCUGCGGAUCGCUGCACGGGUUUUGGACUUCCGAUGGUCUCUCCUUGUGCCUUCUGCGACCUCCCCGUUAAGGACGCCCGUGCACACAUUCCAAGAUGCAGUGCGUUGUUUCAGGCUUCGCUUGCUGAAAUCCUUGCGCGGAAGGACCUCCCUCGACAUGACGGACAUGGACCUGGACCACGCCCGCGAAGCCCAGAGCCAGCUUCGGGAAGUCUUGGGAGAGGUCAGGGGCCUACCGACGGAGGCAGAGACGAGAAGGAUGCGGAGGAGCCGAAGCCGAAGUUCCAGCGCCCCUCCCACAAAGGCUACCAGGGGAAGGGCUGGCAGGACAAGGAGACGGGACAGACGGGACAGCCGAGCCAGGGCCAGUCUCAGAAGUGGUGGAACCAGCCGAAGUGGAACUCCAAGGACAUGGUCACGGCCACCGCGGAGCCGGAGGAGGCGACGCAGCAGUUGCUGCGAAAGCUGGUGAAAGUGGUGAGCCGCCACGAAGAGGAAAUGUCACGCAUCCGCGUGGACACCAGCUUCAUGCUGUUCGUGGACUCUCAGCAGGAAGGCAUCAUUGGCCUGCUGAAAGCCACGGCGGACCGGCCUGAUGCCUGCUACGGCAGUGGACGGGCAGCACUGCAAAUGGUCAAUACCUCGGGUAGGCAACAGGACGCAAGCGUGUUUCUGCAACACUUCAUGCAGAUUGCUCAGCCCAGUCCACUGAUGCUGCCCAUCCUCCUGGAUGUGCCUGGCGAGCUGAUCAGCCUUCCGAUUUUCACCGGGGGCGAAGGGAGCCUCAGUUUGUGCGACACUCUUUGCACUCCAACUGGCUGUGAAUUGGAACUGCCACCGCAUGUGUACUAUGAUCAGCUGGAGGAGGCCCUACUGCUAACUGCACUACGCAACAUUGCCAGCGGCUGUGAAGUGUCGGUGCCACCCAGCCUUUCCCUUGCGGCGGUAAAUGAUAUACUUGAUAUGGCAAAACACAUCCUGCCGACACCUGCAUACCAGCAAUUGGUGGACUACUCGGAAAUGCUUGGGGAGCAUGUUGCGGGACGAAUCUCUGCUGCUUUCCCGCACCCUCUGACAGAAGGUGCAGCAUCCGAUGCCGAGGCCGAGAAGGUUGCAUUUCAUUAUUUGCGUAUGGGCACAGGUUCGCUAUGGAAUGCUGUCAGACAUGUCAUUUCGUUGCUGCCGUUUGAAAUGGUACAGCGACGUCACCAGCGAGAGGGACAGAGACAGUUCGCUUGCGGGGCGUACGGGCAUCGCUCCUCUGUGGGACUGUAUAGACAUACGGUACCCUAUCAGUCGGCGAUCCUUCUGAUAAACACGUCGCUGUGCUCCAUCUGCCCGUCGCACACAUGGUCCACCGUGGUUAUUACCCUGGGCAACGUGGCAGAACUGCAUGUAGACAGGCAAAACGCGCCGCAACGGGCGCUGGUGCUUGGGAUCUCACACUUUGAGGGAGGACGCCUUUGGCUACAGAACCUGGGAGCUAUGUUCCAGUCCCAAUCCGGAGCUGGGCCAAUGCAAACAGCAGCCACCGGCACUUUCUACGACCUGAGUGCUAGAGCUUACCUCGUACCAACCCACUGUCGUCUACAUGCAACCGAACCCGGCUUCCUCGGCAAUCGGUUUGUGGUCAUCGCCUACCUAGUGGGACAGCAUGCCAGCCUGUCGCAGGUGCAUAUGACGGCACUGUCGGAUAUGGGCUUCUGCUUGCCGACCUACAGGAAUGCCGGACCAGAUGUCGGGAUAGCUGCCGAUGCCACCCUGGAGAUCGAGGUAGUGGAUUAA